AUGGCUGCUGCUUUUGCUCUUGCCCUACUUCUCUUCUCCUUCACCGCCAUUCCUUCAAGUGCUAAUUGCUACGCUGUGAACAGCUACUUCCAGAAGAAAGGUCAAGCACCAGGAACUUGUGACUUUGCAGGAACAGCCACUCCUGUUGCAUCUGACCCAAGUGUUAGUGGCUGUGUCUUCCCUUCAAGUUCCAGUGGUGCAGGCACUAGCACAACAACCUUCCAUCAUCAUCACCUUCACCCUCUGUCAAACAAAAAACGCACAGCAUACAACCCAUCAUUACCCGUACCACCAUUUUCGGACCACAACCUUCUCCAAUUCCACCAUUCCAUCUCCACUGUAAAUUCCCUCCGCCUCUGCUCAACCAUCAUCUCACCGUGA